AUGGAACGUAAUUAUUAUGGUUCAUUAUUAAACUAUUUAAAAUUUGAGUCGCGAACCACACCAGAAACCCAAAAACAACAAAUUUCUAUAGAAAAUUCAUCAACAGUAAAUAAUACUGCUACAGCUACAUCAAAUGAAUUUAAUGUUCAUCUAAAUGAAG